CUCCUUUCUCUCUGGCCGUCCUCCAUAUUUAUUCGUCAGCAGGAAGAGGAGUUCGUACGCUCUCUAGUACCCUGCAGACGACAUGGCAGCAGAAGCUUCGAGAUCUGGCGGGUCUGCUGAUUCCUACAUCGGCAGCUUGAUUAGCUUGACAUCCAAGUGCGAAAUCCGCUACGAAGGCAUUCUCUACAACAUUAACACUGAGGAAUCCAGUAUCGGAUUGAGAAACGUGAGGUCAUUUGGAACCGAAGGAAGAAAAAAGGAUGGCCCACAAGUCCCCCCAAAUGACAAAGUUUAUGAGUACAUUUUAUUCCGUGGAAGUGACAUCAAGGAUUUACAGGUUAAAUCUUCUCCAGUUGUUCAAAGUACACCUCCUAUACACAAUGAUCCUGCUAUUAUACAGUCUCACUAUCCCCAUCCUGCAUCUGUAUCUACAAGCCUGCCUUCUGCUGGUAGUGGCUCUGUAAUAGAUAGUAAUUCGCAUUCAGCACAACUAGGACUUCCCAGGUCAACAUUCCAAGGUGGUAUUCCAUUAUAUCAACCUGGGGGGAGUUUAGGAUCAUGGGGAUCUUCACCUCCUCCUCCAAGUGCCAAUGGUGGUGGACUAGCUGUGCCAAUGUAUUGGCAAGGAUACUACGGACCCUCAAGUGGGCUUUCUCAUCAACAACAAUCUUUGCUUCGACCCCCACCAAGCUUGUCAAUGCCUCCUAUGCAGCAACCAAUGCUAUAUCCUGGCACGAAUGCUUCUUUACCAACUGGAGCCUCUAAUCUGACAGAAUUUCGUCCACCUUUGAUUCCACCUGUUGGUAGUGGUCUCACAAAUUUAUCCUCCACUGCUCCACCACCAUCUACUUUACCAUCAACGAUGCCUCCUGUCCAGUCUGCUGCGGUAGCUUCUGAAACAUCACCAAGUCUGAUGCCAAAUAAGUCUUCUACCCAUGCUCUGCCUAUGGCAGCAUCGAGUACUAGCCUGCCAUUGGUGUCUCCUUUGACUACUAGAACUCUGGAUGUAGACCCAAUUGUACCACCAAUCUCUAAUAAGCCUAAGACAGUUCCUAGGCCAACCUUGCCUCCUGUAUCCUCCAUUGUUGGGACAUCCUGUUCAAGUCACACUGAAACACCCACUUCUCUAAUAACUCCAGGUCAACUGUUGCAGCCUGCUCCAGCACCAAUAGCUUCAUCUCAGCCUUCACAGCCAGCUCAUAAAGAUGUAGAGGUGGUACAAGCAUCUUCUGCAGAACCACCGCCACUGACUCCAACACAAUUUAAGGCACCAAUAUUGCCAUUGCCUUCCCCAUCUGAACAAAAGCUGAAUGGAGGUCCUUUACAUACUCGUUACAAUCAUAGGGGCCGUGAAAGAGGAAGAGGAAAUGGGGUUUCACACCCUGUGACCAAAUUCACAGAGGACUUUGAUUUCAUGGCAAUGAAUGAGAAAUUUAAGAAGGACGAAGUAUGGGGCCAUCUUGGUAAAAGUAGCAUGAUGAAGAUGAGGGAUAAUGAAGGAAACGGGAAAGAGACUGAUGGAGAUGAUUCACAAGAGGAAGAUUGUGCAGGAUCGUCGAAAUUUGAGACUAAGCCUGUUUAUGUUAAGGACAACUUUUUUGAUUCCCUAUCUUGCAAUGCACUUGAUCGUGGAUCACGAAAUGGAAGAACCAGGUUUUCUGAACAAGUGAAAAUAGAUACCGAGACUUUUGGAGAUUUUCCAAGGCAUCGCGGUGGCCGUGGUUCAGGUCGUGGUGGACGUUACCGAGGUUCUUAUUAUGGGAGGGGGUAUGGCUAUGUUGGGAGGGGCCGUGGACAGACUGUUUCGAGUCGUGCAAACUAGGUAGGUUUAGUAUUUUGUGAGUGACAUGGGUGGCAUCUAAUGCCUGGUAUCUGUUCACUGAAAUAUGAAAACUGAUGGUGGGCUAUUCUUGUAACUUGCGUGGUUCCUUGUGAUUGUGUUGGAAAUAAGCAAGGCCACAAACCUUAAGGCAUUUCUACA